AGAAGACAUCCGAACUGAAGCGACCUGAGUUUUCAAUAAAGUUGUUUAAAUUCAAACAAGAUGGCGGCGCCCUUAGGCUAAGCCAUGUCGCCGGACUGAAGGCAUGAAUGAUACGAGGAUCGUGUUAAAAAGAAGAAAUGUGCUUUUGACGCGCCGUUAAGAGUAAAGAGAAAGCUCAGAGAAAGGAUGGCCACUCCAGGCAAGCUGACAAAGAAGGAAAUGAAAAAGCAGAUUCCAGCCAAGACUUCCUUCAGCUCCCCAUUUAGUCAACAAUGGAGCUCGCUUCCCCAGGAGGACAUGCACUUCAUCCUGCAGACGCUGAAGAAAAAGUUGGUUUCUAUCGGGCUCGAGAAAAAAGAGGUGAGAGUGUUUCGCCCGUGGAGGAAAAAGAAAGAUAAGAAGCCUUGUGCUGCAUCAGAAUCGCUCCCUGUGCAAAGCCAGGACAGCCAAGUGCCCGAGGCCGGCCUGAGGAACGGCUGGACAGACGGGGCAGCAAGACGCCAGCUGGCCAUCGGCAUCAACGAGGUCACCAAGGCACUGGAGAGAAACCAACUACAGCUGGUUCUGGUGUGUAAGUCUGUCAGACCAAAACACAUGACCACACACUUGAUCCCACUGAGUGCAACGAGACAUGUGCCGGCCUGCCAGGUGCCACGGCUGAGCGAGAGCGUGUCCGAGCCGCUGGGGCUGAAAAGUGUUCUGGCACUGGGCUUCAGGAACUGCACCUCCAAGGAAGAUGGUAUUUUUACCGACACAGUGGAUGCCAUCAUACCCAGAGUGCCUACGUUGGAUGUGGCGUGGCUGCAGGGCACAGAGGCCCACUUGUCAGCCAGGGGACUGGACCAGUUGGAGGAGGACGUCGGUGAGAAGAGGGGCCAGAAAAGGAAAUGUGAAGAUGAACCUGAGAAGGUCGCAGAAUCUUCCGGAUGCACUCUGCAGCCACUCAAAGUGAAAAAGAUCAUUGCUAACCCUUCAAAGAAAAGAACACCAAGGAAAAAGAAAGCUUAGAUCGCAGACUGACAGAUGAAAUGGACGCUUUAGCCAAAUAUUUAGUUUUUUUAAUGCUUUUGUUUGAAAAUGGAAAACAUGCAAUGCUGAGGAAAUGUAAAUUGAUCUAGUUUGUAGAUGCCUUUGUGUAAAGGCUUUUAAAUGCUAGAAUUUUUUUUUAACCCCCCACCCACGUUUAGAUAUAUCACAUUAUGGGAUUUGGGGGACAUGCCAAGUGGCGCUGCAAACAGUAAAUAUGUCAUCAUUGAUUAAUCAUUAUUUUUCUGAUGAACAAUUUAGUAUAUAAAGUAUCAAAAACAAUCCCAAAGUGAUGUAUUCAGAAUGCUUCCUUAGUCUGACCAGCAGCCAAUAAAGCUCAAAAGUAUUAAUUUUAUGAUCAUGACUGGAGAAUGAAAAUCCUAGUAAUCUUAUUACACCUGUAAUCAGCAAAUUCUGCAUUGAUAUGACAUUAAGUGAAAACCCAGCCCCUGUGGGAAUAUUUUGAACUGACAUGAUUUGCAGAAUUGUCAAUUUUAAUUUGAAUUCCCUUAGUUAAUUGUCAUUAUUCAGUUUUUCUUAUCUCAGUUAGUUGACAGGGGUUGAGCAGGAUCCGCCUUAAUUUGUAAUUCUAAUGCCCUCUUAAAUAAGUGAAAUAAGUCAGCUUCCUUUUUAAAGUGAGUUUAUUCAAUCAAAUAUCCAUGCUGGUAUAACCGACGCGUGUGUUGAAACAGAUUCUGUUUAUUAUUUGCAUGGGGUCAUGUCUAAAUGAUGCUGGUACAGAUUCUUCAGCUUCUUCAGCCUGCAAUGGACUUGAAUAAAAAUAUUGAUUUUCAGUUA